UGACCCUCACCACCAACACCAAAGUACCAUAUAAAUAAACGAAAGCACUAAGGUUUAAAGCAUUCUUACAUCAAUAAGCCUAGGUAUAUAUAGGUGUAUGAUCACCUAGUUUAUGGUCCUAAGAUACUUAAUUAAUUAGUGUCAAUAAUUGCUGAAUCAGUGAUACCACUGGAUACUCUUAUGAGCUAUAUAUACCUGUUUCACAAUUGAAGCUUGUGGUAUAUUCUAGUUCAAAGAGGAAGCACCAACAAGAUGCAGAAGAAAACGUUUGAUAGAAUAAAACCAUUUCUUGCAGUUGUAUUCUUGCAAUUUGGGUUUGCAGGGAUGGAUGUCCUUUCUAAGGCUGCACUAAACCAAGGGAUGAGCAAUUACGUACUUGUUGUCUAUCGCCAUGUGGUUGCUACUCUUGUCAUUGCCCCUUUUGCAGUGAUUCUUGACAAGAAAGUAAGGCCAAAGAUGACAGUUCCUAUCUUCACCAAACUACUUCUGCUUAGCUUACUAGAGCCGGUAAUUGACCAGAACUUGUACUUUCUGGGAAUGAAGUACACAACAGCAACGUUUGCAGCAGCUUUAACCAAUGUUCUUCCGGCCAUUACUUUCCUAAUGGCUUGGUUGCUUAGGCUUGAGAAGGUAAAAUUAAAGAGUAUCCGAAGCCAAGCUAAAGUGGUCGGGACUCUAGCAACAGUAGCGGGAGCCAUGGUCAUAACAAUGGUAAAAGGCCCAGUUCUUGAGUUGAUUUGGACUAAAGGAAAAACAAACCACGACCAGCAAAACAAUGGGACCAAUCUUCAUCAUUCGAUUACGGGUGCCAUAAUGAUAACAAUUGGCUGCUUCAGCUGGGCUUGUUUUGUUAAUCUGCAAGCAAUCACACUAAAAACAUACCCUGCUGAGCUUUCCCUAACAGCUUGGAUAUGCCUGUUAGGCUCAAUCGAAGGCACCAUAGUGGCACUAGUGAUGGAGAGGGGAAAAGCUGCAAUCUGGGCGAUCAGUUGGGACGUUAAACUAUUGGCAGCUCUCUACAGUGGCAUAAUCUGUUCGGGACUGACAUAUUACAUUCAAGGGGUUGUGAUGCAAGACAGAGGUCCUGUAUUUGUAACAGCUUUUAAUCCCCUAUGCAUGGUUAUUGUUGCUAUCAUGGGCUCAUUCGUUUUGGCUGAGCAACUGUAUCUUGGAAGGAUACUAGGUGCGAUUAUCAUAGUUGCAGGAUUAUAUCUUGUGGUAUGGGGUAAAAGCAAAGAUUACAAGUCCUCAACUUCAUUGAUCGAUGAGAAAACAGCACCAGAUAAGCAAAUAAUACAAGCAGGUAGCACUGGAAACAAAGAAUCCAAUCAUGAAUCAACAGAAAAAAAUUCAAUCACUAUUGACGUGUCUGGUUGAGAAAUUGUAACUAGAGAUGAACAAGUUCAUGAGCAAAGGAGUCCAAUCACUGUCUAGGGUACGACUCCAAGCCAGGCCUAGGUGCUAACUCUUAGGUCAUAUCCCUUUAUUUUAUUGUUGUUUCAGUUUUGUUCUGGUUGUACUGCGUCAAAAGGUUUUCUAUUUGUAUGUGAACUGGUCUCUAAUUAUGUCAAGGAAAAUGACAAUUGACUUGAAAAUAUAAUGAAUCAGAGAUAGCACUUGAGUUAA